UCUAAAGAGCGAGGGAGGGAGAGAGAGAGACGAGAGAGAGAGAGAGAUAGAGGAAACCACCACUCGCUCCGCAGAGUCGUAUCAGGCAGCAUGGGAGCGAGAUCUUGAUCUCUUCUUCCCCUUUUCUCCGACACGAGUCCGCCCCCGACGCGCUCAUCGAUCGAUCGACGACCCUCGUGCUUCGCUUCGGAUGCCGAGUCCUUGAGGAGUUGGUGGUGGUCGUCGGGAUGGGUGGUCUCGUCGAGCGUGGGGCUCGAACGAAGGUUUCGGAGUGAACCCAGAGGCGACGCAGAUGCGGGAGACGGACGGAAAAGGCGGGCCGUUCGUGGCGGUGAGGAGGGUGUCGCAGGGGCCGCCUCGAGGGAGCGGAUGCCGCUCGUCGCCUGCUGAGGUUGUAACAGGAUCAACAGCUUGGAUUGGACGAGGCCUGUCAUGCGUUUGUGCCCAAAGACGAGAUAACAAUACUCGUCUAUUAUUUGAUCUGACACCUUCACAGGAGGAAUGCUUGCGAAGAUUACAGAGCCGAAUAGAUGUUGCGUAUGAUAGUUCAAAGAAAGAGCAUCAGGAAGCUUUGUGGGCCCUUUGGUAUGCUGCUUAUCCUGGGGUCGAACUCUAUGGGAUAAUAUCUGACCAGUGGAAGGAAAUGGGGUGGCAAGGAAAAGAUCCCUCUACUGAUUUCAGAGGAGGUGGUUUCAUAUCUUUGGAAAAUCUGUUAUUCUUUGCCAAGAACUAUCCUAAAUCUUUCCAGGAUCUUCUGCAAAAGCGGGAAGGCGUCAGAGCCAUGUGGGAGUAUCCAUUUGCUGUUGCUGGUGUAAAUAUUACAUUCAUGCUCAUACAGAUGCUUGAUCUUCAAGCUGCCAAACCAACAUCAAUGAUGGCAUCAGUUUUCUUGAAGCUACUUUCGGAAAACGAGCGAGCUUUCGAUAUGUUGUACUGCAUGUCUUUCAAGAUGAUGGACCAGCAAUGGCUCGCAAUGCGCGCCUCCUACAUGGACUUCAAUUUGGUCAUGAAGUCGACACGCCGUCAGCUUGAACAAGAGCUUCUACUGGAAGACAUCCAACGAAUCGAGGACAUGCCUUCCUACAGCCUCCUUAAACGUUAGGAACCAUCUGACUUCUUCUUGGUGUGAAUUCCUCAGAAUUUUGCAGUUUGAUGAUGUUGUUUCGGUUUGCUUAGCCAUCACAAAGAUUGUUUCAAUACAAUGCUCAAGUUGAGUUCCAAGUGAUGUCAGUCCUAGGGAAUAGGCAAGACCAACUGCGUGGGGUUUCUGUUGAACUUUGAGACGUGUAUAUAAGAGUGCCAAAGAUAUGUUGUUAAAUGAUUGAUGGUCCGGAGUGUUCUGGUCAUAGAUCGACGAUCUAAAAUUUGCUUUUUAGUUCCCCGAUUUUGAGAUACAAGGCAUUGCAAAGGUG